AUUGUUUAAAUUUGCUACAAAAUACUAGAUUAUCGCAUUUUAUCUUUUGAAGAUACUUCUGUGAUACUUCAAUAAUAUAAUCAGUUAUUUUAGUGACGUUUUACUGAAGCAAUCUGAAAGCAAUGCCUCUCUUAGACGACAACACCCCACUCUUGCAUAGGUCUCAACAGGGGACCCUUUCCAAGGCCAAGACUGCUGUGGUUGAUACUCUCAAUAUCACUUUGAAGUCUUCUCCAGUUAACUUUUUAUUGAUUUUUGUACCAUUAGGUAUUCUUGCCGGUAUCAAUGGUUGGUCUUCUAAUGCAGUUUUCUGGAUAAAUUUCUGUGCUAUUGUCCCACUUGCUUCUCUUUUAGCAUUCGCAACUGAAGAAUUAGCCGACCAUGUCGGAGAAACUUUGGGUGGGUUAUUGAAUGCCACUUUUGGUAAUGCAGUGGAAUUGAUUGUUUCUGUCAUUGCUUUGAAAGAUAAUCAAGUUAGAAUUGUACAAGCCCUGAUGUUGGGUUCUAUUUUAUCAAACUUGUUGCUUGUUUUGGGAUGUUGCUUUAUUGCUGGUGGUAUCACCAGAGUGCAACAAACUUUCAAUCAAACUGUAGCUCAAACCAUGUCUUCAUUAAUGGCAUUAGCAACUGCAGGUUUGUUAAUCCCAGCCGCUUUCCAUGCUAGUUUACCAGAGCCAAAGAAAGAUCAUGGAUUCCCAGUUCCUGGUACUUCAGAUGAUUUGAUUCUUUCCUUAUCUCGUGGUGUUUCCAUCAUUUUACUCGUACUUUACGUGUUAUAUCUUUUUUUCCAAUUAAAGACUCACAAGGCUUUAUUUGAAGAACAAGCUCAAGAAGGUGAUGAUGGUAUCAUUACCACUUCUCUUCCUAGUGAUGGAGUCGUCAAGUCAGAAGAAAAACAUUUAUCUGUUAUUAGUUCAUUAUCCGUUUUAGUUGUCUCAACUAUUUUCGUUUCCCUUUGUGCUGAUUACUUAGUUGGAUCAAUUGAUGACAUUGUAGAAAGCUCUGGUUUAUCUAAGACAUUUAUUGGUUUAAUCGUUAUUCCAAUUGUUGGUAAUGCUGCUGAACAUGUCACUGCCAUUGUCGUUGCCAUGAAGGAUAAGAUGGAUUUGGCUAUUGGUGUCGCCGUUGGUUCAUCUUUACAAAUUGCCAUUUUUGUUACCCCUUUCAUGGUUAUUGUUGGUUGGAUUAUUGAUGUUCCAAUGUCAUUGUAUUUCUCAACUUUUGAAACAGCUAUCUUAUUUGUAUCUGUUUUCAUUACUAAUUUGGUCAUCUUGGAUGGUGAAUCCAAUUGGUUGGAAGGUGCUAUGCUUUUAAGUACCUACUUAAUUGUUGCCCUUGCAUUCUUUUACUACCCAGACACUGUUGGUAAUUAAAUGAAAUAUUAUCUUACAAAUAAAGGUUAUUAAAAGUCUUGUCGUUUGCCAAGUGAUUUAUUGUAUUGAGUUCAUAAUAUGAGUUAAAUUAAUUGGUUUGAUACAAAAGUAAAACCAUAAGAAUAUGUAUGUCAGUAAAAGAUUCUAUUUUUGGAUUAUAGUUAAGAAUUCCUUCUUUUUUUGCUAAUCAAGAACUUAAACGCGAUUAUAUUAAAGAAUUAGA